AUGGGGAAACACUUCCAUCUGUACGAGAACAUUUCAAAGGUGAGUCCCUUUGAGGGGCCCCAGUAUUACCUGGCCCCUCAGUGGGCCUUUCACCUGCAAACCAUCUUCAUGGGCUUCGUCCUGUUCGCUGGAACUCCCUUAAACUUUAUUGUUCUCCUCGUGACGGUCAAGUACAAGAAGCUGCGAGUCCCUCUCAACUACAUCCUUGUCAACAUCUCCUUGGCAGGAUUCAUCUUCGUUGUUUUCUCAGUCAGCCAGGUGUUCGUCGCCACCAUGAGAGGUUACUACUUCCUGGGUCACACCCUGUGUGCCCUGGAAUCUGCCAUGGGCUCAAUAGCAGGUCUGGUGACAUCCUGGUCUUUGGCCGUUCUGUCGUUUGAGAGAUACCUAGUCAUCUGUAAACCUUUCGGAGCCUUUAAGUUUGGUAGUAACCACGCUUUGGCUGCUGUUGCCUUCACCUGGUUUAUGGGGAUCGGCUGUGCCAUCCCACCUUUCUUUGGUUGGAGCAGGUACAUCCCCGAGGGUCUGGGCUGCUCCUGUGGACCUGACUGGUACACUCACAACGAGGAAUACAACUGCAGCAGCUACACAAACUUCCUGAUGGUGACCUGCUUCAUUGCUCCACUCUCCAUCAUCAUCUUCUCCUAUUCCCAGUUACUGGGCGCCCUGAGGGCUGUUGCAGCCCAGCAGACGGAGUCAGCCUCCACCCAGAAGGCGGAGAAAGAGGUGUCAAGGAUGAUCAUAGUGAUGGUGGGUUCCUUCAUCACCUGUUACGGUCCGUACGCUCUGGCUGCUCUUUACUUCGCCUACUCUUCAGAUGAAAACAAAGAUUACAGACUUGUCACCAUCCCAGCUUUUUUCUCCAAGAGCUCGUGUGUCUACAACCCACUCAUCUACGCCUUCAUGAACAAACAGUUUAACGGCUGCAUCAUGGAAACAGUCUUUGGAAAGAAAAUGGACGAAUCCUCUGAAGUUUCUUCAAAGACAGAAACAUCUUCAGUUUCCACAGCUUCUUAA